UGAAAGGCCAAAGGGAGAGGCUUGGGGCUGUCCCGCUUCCGCCCGAACCGCAGGCGGAACGUUUGUGUGGGCCCGGCCGAGUGUCUGUUCCGGGGGUGUCGAUGUGAAUGUGACACCACUGCAAUGGCUGUUCUUCUCCGGCGCCUGGGCUUGGCUCGUCUGGGAGUUAAUAACAACAUCGGCUGUACAGGCCUAUAUCAGAUUGAUACCAAGGUUCUUCCUGCUGGACUAAAGACGUAUGAGCUUCCUCCCCGUUAUGAUGAUGUGAUCAUCCCGGAGAAGCCAAAACUAAAAUUCCUCAAUAAAGUCCCUAACUACAAGAAACCCAGGCGGUGGAUGAAAAGGCUGGGAGACAUCCGUGGACCAGCAACACGGGCUAAUACACUCACCCAGGGAGAGUACGGCAUUAUAGCUCUUGGAGGUGGUUAUCUUCACUGGGGUCACUUCGAGAUGAUGCGCCUCACCAUUAACCGACGAAUGGAUGCCAAAACCAUGUUUGCUCGCUGGCGUGUAAAUGCUCCAUAUAAACCCAUUACACGCAAAGGGUUAGGUCAGAGAAUGGGCGGUGGGAAAGGAGCCAUUGACCACUAUGUCACUCCGGUUAAAUAUGGCCGGAUUAUUGUAGAGUUUGGAGGUCGGUGUUCCUUUGAGGAAGUGGAACCGUUUUUAUCAGAAGUUGCAAAAAAACUGCCCUUUCCCGCAAAGGCAGUCAGCAAGAAAGCCUUGGAGGAUAUGUUGAAGGAAGAUGAGCAAAAGGCCAGAGACAACCAGAAUCCCUGGACUUUUGCAAGAAUUGCAACAAUGAACAUGAUGGGGAUCCGCAAAGUGUUGAGCCCAUUUGACUUAAAGUAUCAUGGUAAAUUCUAUGGGAAAUCACGCGUACCUAAUCGUGUGUGAAGAUUAAAAUAUGUGACAGAAUGUUCUCUGUUUUAAUCUGUUUAUUUUGAUUCAAUAAGGGAUAUUGUAUCAGAGCACGUUUUAAACACUUCCAAUCUGCAAGUAGAGUGCAUCCUCGGAUUGGAAGGAUCAUGCCAAGGAUUUGGAGAGUUCUAGAUUCAUGCUUACCAAGGGAAUGUUAAAGGUGUUGUCUUUUGGAUGAUAAUCUGAGGUUUAGUUAGCUGCACAUCCAUAAUCCUCUUGCUGCAUUCAAAGAGCUCUUCCUGUCCUGUGCCCACUCACUUCCUUCAACACAAUUUGCCGUGGUGGGAUUUGAACCUAGGACCCCAGAACAUUACCUGGGUCUCUGGAUUAACAGUCUAGCGAUAAUACCACUCUUGUGGAUAGCUUUAUAGUUUUAAAACUAAUCUCUUUCCCUUUUUCUCACCACCUGUCCCUAACAAGUUCCAAUUUAAUUUUCUUCCUUUUUUAAACAGCGCUGCGAUAUUUCUCCAACAACUGUCUGAACUCUGACUUUGUAAAGCCCUCACCAUACUGUAGUGUGGUUACAUAUAAAAUGGGAGAUUCUUUUUCAUGUGUUGGGGAUGCCGGUGAUGAAUAUUUGCAACACAUGCAUACUUGCAAACAUAUGUGGAGAUAUCAAAUGAAAAAGAAUAAAUAGAUUAUUCAGUUAGCAACAGCUUACUUGUAAAACAACUGAGACAUAAUGUUUGUCAGUGUCUUUGCUUAUAAGAUGGAGUCAGCAGUCUGAAGUUCCUUUAAGAAUAAUUGGCAGUUCAAGAAUUGCGGAUAACUUCUUCUCAUUAAAUUCCUUCAAAGGUCAGCUGAGAAAUAUUUCUGAAAUGUCCUUGCUGAUUUGCAGUUUUUGACAAAAGAAAGUUAAUGAUAUAGAGCACAAAAUGAACUUUUCCUGCCUUUUCCUUUGUAGCCUGAAGUUAGGGGUUUCAGUAUAAUAAGUGGAUGUUGUAUGAAGGAUCUAAUUGACAGCUAUUUUAAAAUGGUUUGGUUACCACGCAGUUGGAUUCAGCACUGUGCCAGUCAUGUGACCAAGCUUUUUUUUUGGUGGAGGGUCUGCUGUGAAGUGAGGAAACAGUUACCAUCAAGACAAAAGCUUGUGUUGCAAAUAAUCAACUAUCUAUGGUGCCCCUCAAGUUGUGUGGAGUAAUUAACAUCUCCUUCCAGGACAGGGAUAACUUGUGAUUCUUUUGCAGCUGCUCAUCUCUGUAAUAAUUUAUAACAGAACAAUUAACAUUCCACUCCCCAUCAGGAGGCACGUGAGAUGUUCUUUGGCUGACUUUAACUUCUGAGAAGUUUUUGGAAGAUUACUACUAAGUCCAGUCAUGUGAUUCUGGUCGCCAUCUUUAUUGGACUGUUCCAUGUGUUUUUAAACCAGUCACUAAAUAUAUCAAAAAUAUGUAUAAAAGUUGGAUGUUUUAAUUCAUUCAUGACAAUAAAAGUGAGUGAGAGUUUGUUAA